AUGAAGGUGCACUUCGCAAAACUCUUUCUGGCGUUCGUCUUGGGUGCCACUUGCGCGCAGCAGUCGGUGAGCGACAAACAAGUCUCGGACGGCUACGACACGAUCCGCCAAUUGGGCAAGAAGCACGAUCUGUCCGCCAUUCGGCUCAAAGAGGAUGGCACUUACGAGGGCAAGAGGCGUGGCGACGGUCAAAUCAUGCAGGUCGACAUUCCGCUCGACCCGCACGUGCUCGCCGAGAUCAAACGACGCGACGCGCUUCGCAUCGAUCAGUCCAAGCUCAAGUCCAAUCCGCUCCAGCCUCCCAGCAAGGAUUGGUUGAUCGCCGUCUGCAUCCCCAACAUGUGUCAAUUCGAAAGCGACAUUUGCAGCAGGCUCAUCGACGAUCAAGACGGAGACGACGACUACACAGAGGACUUCCUCAGCGGAAAGACCUCGAGAUCCGUAGCUUCAGAAGUCCGUUGCUUCCGCAUCACGCUGCCCAUCCUGACCCGCCAGAAUCUACAUCCGCUUGCUGUAAAUGGGAAUGACAGAGCGACGUCUCCUCGGCUCCCCAUGUACCUUCCCUCCAUCUACCUACCCAUGUCCGUUGACCACCUCUUAGCGCUGGCUGCAAAGCCCGUCUUGCUGGCCCAGAACCUCGGCCCAGCACUCUGUGUCUCGAUCGGGGUCCUUCUAUGGAUGUACCUGCUCAUUCCCUUUUGGUUCCCUCGGCUCCUUCCUGGCUUUGUUCGGCUCGUCAGCGUCGCCUACGCCAAGCUCGUGCGGUUUCUCGUCGAAGGGUGCAAGGACUACAGCGACACAUCGAUCGAGUCGAAAUUCGCAGCAGAGGUCCAGAGGCUGGACCAGACGGUGGACGAGGCUCUAGCGAGAAUCGCUUGGUCGCUAGAGUCCGGAAAUCCUCGCUUUGAGGAGGCUGUGGAACGGGUCCUCGACGCCGUCGCUGCACUCAAUACCCUCGUUGGCUCCUCGCCGGCCAGCGGAAACCCGACCACCGCCGCCGCUGUCAUUGGCCCCAGCGCAACCAUUGUCGUAGCUGCCGAAAGCUCCUCAGCAGUCGGCGCUCUCGCCGCCGCCACUGACAGCAAUGCCGAUGAUGACGGCGGAAAGGACGGGAAUGUGAUCGUACCAACGCCCUCAGCAGCCGAGAGAGCUUUGACUCAGCUCUCCCCCUCCCAUCAGCUCCAUGGGACGAGAUACUUCUCGAACGAUGGCUUCGUACCCAUCCAAGCCUUUCUCGACCGACAUCCCUCGACGGCAAACGGGAAGAGGAUGAAGUUUGCUUGCCUCAUUGCAACGGACAUGACGACCCUCGAGAAGAAUUACCUCGUGGUCAAACUCCACGUGCAAGUCGAUACCUACAUCCGCAUGAUGGUCCCUCGCAGGUCUAACCUGGACUGGAACGAGCUUGAAGAAGCGAUGGGCACAGAAACGUGCUACCUUGUCGAUGGAGUAGUGCGCGGCCAAAUUAGCCCCGGAGUGCCAGCCGUCAAGUUCGAUAACCACUCCUGGCUUCGCAAGCUCAAUCCGCACGGCGGCUGCUGCCUUGAGCAAAUCUCCAUCUUCUACGACAAGAUGGAUGCCGACUACAACGCCCGUCAUAAUUGA